AACCAAUAGAUAUAAAUAGUUUAAUUUCGUACUCGCCUUGUAUUUGGCGGAACAUUUCACACAACAUGGCGGAGCGUCCAAGAUGGCGGACUCAAUGUUUAUAAAACUCUCCUGCAAUAUGAAUAACAAAUGUUGUUAGUGAAAAUAACUCUAAUAAAACUUGUUCUAAAAAAUACGAUAGACGACGAAAACUUCUCAGCAUUCCAUGGAUUCAACGUGCGGGUGCCGGGUCCAUCGCGUUGUAGGGUAUUUUUACUAUUUAAAUUUGUGUACAUCGUAAAUUUUCGUUAACAAUUUUAUUUUCAUGUUAUAUCUAAUAAUUUUGGUUAAAUUGUUUAAUGAUAACACAUGAUUUAUUAUGUUUACAGUUUUAUUUCACAUACGAAAAACAGGACAGAAAGAAAACAUCACUAAUAACUUUUUCUAAUUGCUUAUAAUCUGUUAAAAAUAUUUGUUGUCAAACUUUAAGUUGGAAUAAGAGAGGCGUUUUUUUAAAUCCUGACAGCUGUCAAACGUUAAUUGAUAUAUUUGUGAGAUAUUUGCUUCAAUUACUAAUUAUUUUACAUGAUGCAAGACGAACAUCAGUACGAAAUAUGCAAUGAAAUAAAAAGGACAACACCAGAUGCGAUUGUUACGAACGAUAUAGCGAGAGAAAUAGGCUCCAACUACAGGACGUUGCCGAGUUUUGAGAAGGGACUGUUUGAAUACGUUUAUAGACAACAUUACUCUCUCCAACGAAACGACUUGUUGAAAUGUCGGUGGAAGGAAUACAAGAAACAUAUUGAGAAGCGCGUCUUCGCUCCAUUUCAAUUUCCUUCCACGAGAGAUUUACAUUUCUAUAACGGCUGUAUUCGAUUCUUGCCGUCGGAAUCGAUACAUCGUUAUCAAAGUUACUCGAUGAAACUUAAAUCGGGACCGGGAGUCGAUUUCCGUGGACAGAUACCAAUACCUCAGGAGCUGUUAAUGAAAAGAGGCAGAAUUAAGAAGGAAAAUGCCAAGUCAAAAUAAUUAUAUUUUUAAAAGAGUAUUCGUUUUUUUCGCUAUUUUCUAAUAUUAUGUUUAAUGGCUUAGUUAUUUAGCUGUUUAAUAAAUAUAUAUUUUUUGAAGCUAUAAUUCUAACAUAAUUGUAUUGUAGUUUAAUUAUAUUUUAUUA